UCUGACCCGGUCCGAACAGAAAUUCGUUAUUAAAAUCGCGGACAGUCCCGUUCGCGCGCGGCGCGCCAUAAAUAAAUAGAUCGCGCGGAGACACAUAGAUAGGCGUGCGAGGGCGCUUUUCGGGAUCGUCCGCAUGAACGCGACGGACAUCCGGCCAUUUAAAACAUGGACGCCCGCGGCGCCUCGGAGACAACCGGACAACAUCGUGUCCUCGAGCUACACGACGACGAGGGUAUUCGUGCCGUCUUACGAAAAGGAAGGGCAUCCUCGCAUAGAACAAUUGCUCUCGAACGAUUAUCAGCGUAUUUGGUGGAAGGAGAAGCAAGCCUGGGACAAGACCAUAACUGAAAAAAAAGUUGCGAUUAAAAAAAUACUACCUCGUACGUUGAUUAAGAGAAAAGUACCGUCGUGCGUGACCGUCAAAUAUCAAACAAGAGCGGAACGAUCGAGAGGAAGAAGGAAAGAACACUUAACAAAAAAGGCCAAUUCUAACAAUAAGAUUGAAGAAGAAACAACUUCUGCAAAACAUGACACGAAAUUAGAAAAAGAACAUGAAGAAAUAAAAUUAGAAGAACGCGAAGAAACGAGAUCUCAGAAAAGCGAGAGAACGGAUGAUGAAUUACAAAAAGAACAUGAAGAAACAAUAUCGGAAAAGGAGGAAACCAAACUACAGAAAUCAGAAGAAAUAAAAUUAGAUGAACAUGAAGAGGAAAAAAAAUGCGAGGAGGCAAAAUCGGAAAAAAACGAGGAAAUAAAAUUAGAAAAAUCCGAAGAAAUAAAGUCUGAAAAACGCGAAGAAGCACAGCAAUUAAAAAAUAAUGAGGAUACAAAUAAAACUGAAAGACACGAGGAAUUAAAAUUAGAAAACGAA